AUGAGUUCCUCGCAACGGCGCGACAAGUUGGCCUGUAUCCGCACCAAGACGGGUUGUCUAACAUGCCGACGGCGCAAGAAGAAGUGCGACGAGCUGAAACCAACCUGCACUGGCUGCGCUCGCAAUUUCAUUGAAUGCCACUGGCCGCACCCGGAGGACCCCAUCCGUGACACUGGCUCCCAGAAAAGGAAGAGGGACGUCAGAGAUCUAAGGCGUAAAGAGAGACAGGCUGUAUCAAGGAGCACGAUUUCUACUGCAAGCGCACGCGAUAUACCCAGCCUACCAGGACAAAUCACUUUUAUCUUGGACAAGGCCUCACCAAAGUCACAGACAUUCGGGUCUUCUUCCUGCGCUACUCCAGAUGUUGACGCUGCGCUUCAGGACGACGCCGAGGUCGGAAACCCCGAGUCUAUCAUCUCCUGGCAACCAUUGACCGCCUCCUUUGUUAGCACCCACCGAGCUCUCCUGAUCAGUCCCAGCUCUCUUCUGUUGCUCCAACACUACUUGGAAGCCACAUCCACUUUCCUGGUGGCAAAGCCCCUGGCGGGCAACCCCUUCAUCACUCUCGUACUGCCCUUGGCGCACUCGGAUGACCUCCUCAUGCAUUCAGUGCUGGCCUUGAGCGGAACUCACCUCAGCUACCUAACCGCCGACAACUUACAUAUUCAAUUGGCCACUCGCCAGCAUUAUUCGUUGCUUCUGCAGAAUCUGCGGUGCCUGUUCGCAGACGAAUCUUCUCAUGACGAUAUUUGCAUGACCGUGCGCCUGCUGCUGGUCUUGCUUGUGUUAUGUCAUGUCGAGGCUUUCUCUGGUGAACCACACGGUGGUAUUUUUCCACACCUGCGAGCGAGCCGCGAACUCGUCCUCAAACUGCUGCAAGAGCCCCAGCGGAGACUGCAUGAUGACAUCAAGUUGGUCAAGGGAUUUGCGUUGGAAGUGUAUUUUUACCUGGUGUUGGUGAACAGCAUCACGCCCUAUGGCCGCGACAAAGCGCGUGUGCUUCCCUUUGACUCGUUCUGCUUCUCCCUGGACUUUCUCAAGGAAUACGAGACCUUUGGGGUAUUUUUCAGCUGUGUGCAAGGUCUCUUUGAGAUGAUCUCUCAGGUCUCAAUUUUGGCGAUGAAGAGACUGACAGACGAGGAGUGCUGUCUAAAGAACCCGGAAACCCAGUCGGAGUACGAGCGCUUGGUCGACACAAUCACUCAGUGGCAAUCACCCCCAGUAGCGGUCGAGAUGGAGGAAUGGGAAACGGAGCAUGUCUGGAUGGGGGAGAUAUACCGGCAAGCUCUCUUGAUCUUUGUCAAGGCAUGCAUGUGUGGUUCCGUGGUCAACAACCCCAAGGUCAUUAUUGCCAUCCAGGGUCACAUUGACGCGGCACUCCCGCUACUUGUGCCCGUAGCCCUGUCGCCCUUCGUCACCAUCAUGCUGUGGCCGAUUAUGAUCAUCGGGUCUUGCCUGAUCAGCCAAGAUCAGCGCCGAGAAUACAUGGGGAUGCUGCGGACGAAAACCCAUGUCGAUUCCUCGCAAGUGAGCGAGGCUGCAAAGCUUUUGGAGUAUUUGUGGGAGGAUCCAGAUGAGCGCGCCUUUGGACCCUUUGGGCUGCACUUUGUCAUGAGAAAACGUGACAUCAAUUUCAGCAUGGCCUGA